UCUGUUGCACCCAAGAGGGAUUUGCAGAUUAAUGACUCAUUCUUAAGUAAUUUUUCACGAGAAAACUGAUGGUGUGCUUAAAAACACUCCAAAUUCGAUAUUAAAGCUGCAAAAACUUAAUAAAGUUCAAAGUUCCAACGGAGGCCUCUCAUUGGUCGUCUACCAGUCGUCUACGUCACAACCUGGAAACGUUUCCCGCCGUUCGCGUAGCCGUGUAGUAAACAUAUGCCUUCAGCGUGAGCUAAUGAUCGAUCUGUGAUAAUAAACGUCGGUUCUGUUGUUAAUUGUUAUUUAAAGUUGUGAAAAUGCCGAAGAAUACCACCGCCGGCUUCACCAAAGCCGAUGGACGCAAUUUGCCCGUCGUAAACGACGAAACUUUGAACAAGUUCCUGGAGGAGAAUCUGGACGCUGAACCGGAGCUUCGGCACGUCAAGGUAGCAAGAUCCUGUCGCUCAACAUAUUUCCUGAAGGCUGUUGGUUUUGUGGAGGUGAGGCGGGAUGGUGACAUCUGCUAUGUGAGGGGGAAGGUUACGCCUGAACAUCGCGUCCGAAGCCCCAGCUACUCGGUCACAUGCAGCAUCCACGAACUGGAGAAUAAAGUGCUGGAGGCCAAAUGUUUGGACUGCGUUGCAUCUGAAGGGGUCUGUAAGCAUGUAGUGGCCUUCAUUGCCUGGCUUCGAUGGAAGAGUGAGGAAGUUGCGCCAACCUCUAAAGAGUGCUACUGGAAGAAGGCGCGGCUCUCUGAUGUUGGCACUAAGGUUAAAUUCGUGGAGGUUUCUACAAUGAAGCGAAAGGCCCCAGAAAAAUCUCCACCAAUUGAUCUGGACGAAGGUGAAGCAAUGUAUAACCAACCCAGCAGCAGCAACCAGAACUGUCGCAGCGCAGAGAAUAGUAAACAUCCUAACCCGGAACAAAAGGAAGGUUUUUUUAAUUUUCUAGUCUCAAAAUUGAAAGAAAAUCAAAGCAAUGCAUUAUUGUUGAAGCAAGUUUCAGAGACGACAUCAUACUCCUUGUUCCAUCUGAUGAUCGCAUUCAAAAAAACGGAACUUCCUCAUAAUGCCCCUAAGUUCCUUAGAUUUUGUCGCUCCCUAAUGAAUAUGAAAGAAUGCGAGCUUAUUUAUGAAAGAACGAAAGAACAGGCGCAGUGUGCUGAGUGGAAUGACAUGCGGUUCGGGAGGGUUACAGCCUCCAUCCUAUGGGCUGCAAGCAGAUGCCUGACGCCUGAUGGCAGCCUCGCUAAUCAAAUUGCAGGUGCUUCGUCAAUUCCAGACACGCCGGCAAUGAAGAGAGGCCGAGAGCUUGAACCUGAUGUGUUGGCCAAUGUUGGUAGAAGGUAUAACGGGAAGGUUCAGAAACGUGGUAUCAAGUUGCAUCCUGAAAUUCCCAUUUUUGGGGCAUCGCCAGAUGGCAUCUUAAAAAAUAAAGUUGUCGAGGUUAAAUGUCCUUCAACUUAUGAACGCUUUAAAGAAUACUUCAGCAAGGACAUGACGGAGCCAGCACCUGUGUAUAAAGCACAAGUUAUGCUUCAAUUGCUUAUGUGCAAGAAAAUGAAAGGAUUAUUUUGUGUAGCUGAACCCUCUUUUAAGACCACAGGCCACGUCACUGUAGUAGAAGUUACUUUAGACACAAUAUUUUUGAAAGAUAUCAUGUUGAAAGCACUAAAGUUUUGGAAGGACAACAUCUACCCUCGCCUGUACAAUGCCAUUUCCUGAAGUAACAGGUUUCCUUUCGUUUGUUCCAGCAGGACUUAAUGUUGGUGCUGAUUUUUGUAAGAGAGUUUUUUCAUACACUCAUUUUAGACUUUAAUUUACUUGCUAUUACUAAUGUAGUAAUUUUUUUGUGAUCCAAGUUUUCCAUUUGUUUUUGGAGAGUUCCUACGGAUUUUGGUGCAAGUGGCGCUCAACUCAUGGCUACAGCUUCUCAAUGAAGUAGUUAUGAUGCGCUUAGUCUUACGCACAAGUUGAUGCGUCACAUGAAGUUAUGAUCAUGACAAUCCUAAUAGUUUGUUGUUACUUUUACCCGUGAUAUUUAGAUAAUUAUUGUUUUAAGUAAUAAACCUUGUGUUCAGUUUGUGUAAUGUAAAAAUAGUCUUGGAGCAGAGAUCUGCUAUAGAUGAGGCAGACCUGAGUCCUUGAAACUUUAAGUGAGAGCUUCCUCAAGCCUUGCGCAGCAAACUUUCCUCAUCUUUAACAGGGCUUCACCAUAAAGUGCCUCAAUUUCUUAUCUUGUCCUCUGAUAAAUUAAUAUAUCACUAGUGAUAAUAAUUUGACUAGUCAAGUUGAUUGCUUCACUGAAUCCUGUCGUAUAAAUUUACACAGGCAUUUAGGAUAGUGUCUUAUUCUUUGUUCUUCCUCUUAGUGUAAUAAUAUCCAUUAAGUAUUUUUUUAGCUAUGCCUUUUCCACCAAUUACGUUCAUUUAUUUUAUUGUAGUUUUCCCUCAUGGAGUCAAUUUAAGUCAAAAAUUUUAGAAAUUAAGUCUUUAGUGUGCUAAUUUACUUACAGUAGACACCUUGGUUUAUGCUAGUCUCUCGAUGAAGUCAAUGACAGUCAAUAAUGUUUUGCAUAAGGUGAUGUGUGUGUCAUUAGCCUUUAAAAUUUUGUGUCGAUCUAAUAAUGUAUUCAUGUUUCUAUUGCCUCUUGCUUCACUGAAGUUAGUUGUAGUCCGAAAUUGUCUGCGCAAAUAGUUUGGUUUGUUCGGCUCAUUUUAUAUGUUACUUCAAUGUGAUUUACCCUUCAGGUCUUUCGAUGAAGUCUAUGUCAGUUAUACAUUUCCCACAUGAGGUGAUUUCCUUGUUACUUGCCUUUAAACUUUCACACUGAUUUAAUUCUGUUUCUGUUUCCUUUAUCUUUAAUGAAUUUAGUUCUAGUAAAAAAUUGUCUGCUUAAAUUAAA